GAAGGAAUACGCUCGCUUCUGGGCGCGCUGGAGACGAAGACGGGGCUCGGGAACUAAAGUAAAAGAAGGGGGAGCGAACGCGGUGCUCAGUGACUGUGGAGGUCUCCACCAGAAGCACGUUUGUGCUCUACAGCGCGGAUAUGUGGGUCCACGCGUUCGGUGAUGAAUGAGUUCGAGGGGCGCUGUUUCCCCGCAUCCUCAUUUUGCCCCCUCUUGUGAGAGCGUCGAUAAAGUUUUGGUGAAACGUCACUGACUGCAUACAGCACAGGACAAAUGGGCAGCAUAACCGAUGAUGAGGUCAUUCGCAAGCGCCUUCUUAUUGAUGGAGAUGGAGCUGGAGAUGACCGGCGCAUCAACGUGCUCCUGAAAAGCUUCAUCAAAUGGUGCCAUUCAAACGUGACACCAGAGGAAGGGUUUGCGCAGUACCAGAGGAUGCUGGGCAUCUUGACACAGUGCGAGUUCUCAAUGGGAAAGACGUUGCUGGUGUACGACAUGAACCUGAAGGAGAUGGAGAACUACGAAAAAAUUUACACAGACAUUGAGCAAAGUAUAUCAUCGGCACAUGAGAAAAUAGCAGAGUGCAAGAAGGAAAUCCAGAGGGCAAAGAGGAUACGAAAGAACCGACAAGAGUAUGACGCAUUGGCAAAGGUCAUCCAGCAGCAUCCAGACAGACACGAAACAAUGAAGCAGCUUGAGGCGCUGGACAAAGAACUUCAACAGCUUUCACAAAUUAAAGAGAACGUGGAAGACAAGCUGGAGCUUCGUAAGAAACAGUUCCAUGUGCUCCUCAGUACGAUUCAGGAGCUUCAGCAGACACUGGAGAAUGAUGAAAAGAUGGAAAGUGAUGAAGCGAGUCAAGAGAGCCCAGUGGAAAAUGGAGACUAGUUUUUUUCACAAUUUUAAAUCUCUUCAUGAGCC